AUGCACUGCAGCGCGGUGAUCCAACCAUCCUCAAGCAUCGCCGAGGCGAGCUUCACACCCGACCUGAUGAUUGCUGUCGACAAUAUGACGAGCCCCAAUGACGUUGAGACCGUUCAUAAUGCUGAAUCACCCGUAGAAUCGGCGCCGUACAGUGUUCUGAGCCCGAACCGGAAGCGUGGCUUGGUCUACCUCUUGGCAUAUCUCAGUUUGGCCUCGUCUCUGACUGCAACCAUCUACUUUCCGCUUAUCGACAUGUUGGCCGAGUUAUACCAAACAUCAAUUCAGAACGUCAAUCUUACGAUCACUGUUUACUUAGUGGUUCAAGGAAUAUCACCGUCAUUCUGGGCUCCAUUGGCCGAGACACUGGGUCGCCGUCCUGUAUUUCUUCUGACAUUCUUGCUCUACACUUUGGCGAGCCUUGGACUAGCCCUGUCAGCCCCAUCUCGCAGCUAUCUUGCUUUGAUCAUACUACGGGGCGUGCAGAGCGCUGGUGGAUCGGUUGUGCUUGCUCUGGCGUAUGCUGUUGUCGCAGAUGUCGUUGUCCAUGCCGAAAGAGGAAAAUACCUUGGACCGAUGCUGGCAGCCGCCAAUCUAGGACCUUGCUUUGGGCCAAUCAUAGGAGGUGCAGCUAUUCUCUCAACUUGCAAUCCAGCGUGGUGUUUCUGGGUUCUCUUCAUAUUUGGACUUUCCGCAUUUUCUCUCGUCGGCUUCUUCCUGCCCGAGACGUUGCGGAGUAUUGCGGGCAAUGGCUCGAUCCACACGCACAGUAUCUGGAACACAUGGGCGGUGGGUUUGGAUGGGGUCUUUACAAAGUUUCGCAAUCGACGCGGCGGCCACACGCAGCAAAUCUGCAAAUGCUCCUCCGAAGCGGGACCUCUUGGUUUUCAGGACGGUAAAUGGUCUCUACCAAACCCUGUCUCUUCCAUUCGAUGCAUUUUACAUUGGGACACCUUCAUUAUCUUGUGGCUGGCGGCCUCUCCCUAUGCAUUAUGGUACGCUAUGCAGUCAUCAAUUCCCCUGAUCUAUGGUACCCAAUACGGCUUCAACCAUCUCACCGUCGGGUUUAGCUAUCUUGCCGGUGGAGGAGGUGUCAUCAUGGGUGCGCUUAGUGCUGGUCGCCUGAUGGACUGGAACUAUAGGCAUGUCGCUAAAUCUCACGGACUCGCCAUUGACAACAUGGUGGCUGGAGAUCUCGCGGCUUUCCCCAUUAUGUUGGCAAGAUCGCGAGGCUCAGUCCUCAUCUUAUCAAUUUCUUGUAUUGUUGUGGUUGGCUGGGCGUGGUCUUUUGAACUCCAGGUGCAUCCAUCGGUUCCACUCAUCCUACAAGCUUAUGUCGGAUGGAAGGUAACAGUCUUACACCAAUUCUUUAGUGCACUUAUUGUAGACCUGUACCCCCUCGAGACGGCACCUGCAGCAGCUGCCAAUAAUAUCACACGCUGCACACUCUCAGCGAUUGCCGUGGCGACCUUGGAGCCGCUGGCUGUUUCACUUGGGCGUGCAUGGUCCUUCACAAUAUUUGGUCUAAUAGAUGGCCUUGGGUGCAUAGUAUUGGUUGUGGCACUGAGACGUUGGGGCACAGGUUGGAGAGACAGAAGGGAAGCGUCAAGUCAUUGA